AUGGAGGAUAUCGUGGUCCCUUUGUUCUUUAACUCCUAUCUCUACCUUCCAAAGGAUCCCCACGUUCAGAAUGGCUAUAUGGAGAUAUUGCCGUCCCUAUACUCUAAUACUGAACCCGACUCAUGUCUUUUCAUCAGUACAUUGGCCGUUGCUUUCUAUUCCGUCGCCGCGUGGACCGGUUCAGAACCCUUACUCCGUACUUCGGAGCAAUACUUUACAAAAGCUUUACCGAAGAUUCGAGACGCCUUGCAAAGGAAUGAAGAGAGUGAAUUGGAUAGCACACUUACGGCUAUCCUGUUGUUGGGCACUUAUGAGGAAUUCGUUGCCAUCAAACACUGGGAGCUUCCUCUCAAGGCACAUCUACGCGGCGCUGUUGCUUUGAUCAAUAGUAUCAAAGCGAGGAGUCCACUUUAUUCCUCAUCCUCUCCAAUUUACAACGCCGUGGAGAGUCAAAUCAUCAAGACAACCAGAGCCCUAGAAAGUCCGAUGGUCCCAGCACCCAAAUUAUGGCCUUUAUCGUCAUCAAACACCGACUCCUUCCCCUCGCCUCGGCUCCUAUUCCAAUUAAGUGCCUCCCAACUAGUAAAUCUCCGCCACGCCUGGGAAGAGACGCUGGCCCAACCCGAUCCUACCGCCCAUGCAACCGCAAUUCUCAAUAAAGCUACAGACAUUGAAAACAGUCUAAUCUUCUGGUCCCAUCGGGUUCCCCAACACUGGGUCCCCGUCGCCGCAAGCUUGAUUCCCCAAUCCGUCCGCGAUGCAGGCAUCUACCGCAACCGAUGCGACUGUUAUUCCGACAUGUGGAUCGCAGCAACAUGGAAUAAUUACCGAGACUGUCAGAUCCUUGUCCAGACCAUUAAACUUAGCUGUCUUCGCAUCCUGCCAUCACAUGAUCCAGACAGCCCAAGCAUACAGGCCGUGAUUGCGAUAAUUCACAAGCUGGCCGAAGAUAUUUGUGCAUCUGUUCCUUUCUUCCUGGGAAGUCAAAUGGAGUCAGUGCACAUGAAGCCUGGUCUUGUGGAUUAUCCACUCGCGGAAACUAGACCUGUGACUAUUACGCAUAAACAGGCGGCGCCGUUAAUGGGCGCUUGGUUUCUAUUUGCUGCCUUGAGAAAUCUGCAAAACACUGAUCUGGCAUUGCCUGUGGAGCAGCAGAGGUGGAUUCAGGGGCAAGUUAAUCGCGUUUUAGGGAUCUAUUUCCAGCGGCCAGAAAUGCUCGUGGAAUUGUGA